UGUGUGCGAUUAAGGGCCGAUUUCGAUCCGUAGUCAAGUUAUACCAACCUUUUGGUUAGAUUAACUAUUGUUUACUCUCUUACCAGUUGUUAAAGCGCUUUUACGUUUUUCAACAACAUUUUUGACCAUAGUCAAUUUUAACCAUUUGUUAUUUUAUUGCCAGUAAUAGGACAUCUUGUUUCCUGAAAAUUACUUUAAUGUCUUCGUGGGUAAUUUUUUCAAUGUGGCAGCACUGACAAAAGUGCAUAACAAAACACAUAUUUUGACAGUUCAUGUCAAUUGUCAAUGUCAAAGCUGCAAGCCAAACUUUAGCGUGUAAUUUAUUUUGUGUUGACUGCUUCGUUUAAAGAGUUGCUGUUAAACUGAAAUACGGGAUUUAUUAUUAUAUUGUGAAAAUCUUCGGCAAACAAAAUGUCGCAAAAUAACAAUGAAGUGAACCAACCAUCGAACAAGUAAGUUAUAGUAUCAACGAGCUUUUAGACUGAAUUUGACAUCAUUUAAUUUUAAUUACCUAAAAUAUAACUAUAAUUUAUUAUAACUUUAUUAUUCAGGGACCGCAGUGCCAAUUUUUCUAAAGAGGAAUGUCAUAAAUUAAUGAGUUUGCUCAAAGAUUACGCGAUUAUUACUUGCAAAAAAACCGAUAAUGCGAGCAACCAACAAAAGAAGCUGCUUGGAAAUUGCUUGCAGACAAAUUUAAUUCAGAUGCAACCAAAUUUCGUUCGGUUAAACAAUUGCAGCAGAAAUACAAUAACAUGAAAAAAAUGCAAGAAAGGAAAUGGCAGCAGAAAAAUAUGGCAGACGCCAAACUGGUGGUGGACCACCUCCUCCGAAGCCAUCAGAAACUACAGAGUGGCUUAACUCUAUUAUGGGGGAGUCAAUAAGUGGACUUCCAGCGAUGUAUGAUAGUGAUGCUCUUAUAAGUAAGUAUAUCUAUAUUCUGAUUGCCAAAAGUAUAAAUUUAAUAUUUUCCUUUCAUUGUUCAUUAUUUUUUACAGAUGAUGCAGUAGAUAUGAAAAUUGAAACAAUUGAUUUAGGAACCACUGCCAAUAUAAAGAACCAUGCCCAUUUUUGCCCCAGAAACGCCCAGAUAAAGUAAAUUAUAAGAUUGAGGUAAUAAAUAAAAAUUUGAAUUAAAUUGUUAAUUUUAAGUCCUAAGAAGCACUGGGGAUCGUGCGGUCCAUGGCCCUCUACAGCGCCCCUGUGUGGGCGCCGAACCUGAUGCGGCGGCCAGCUCGGGCGCUGCUCACGUCUCAGAGGGUCAUGGCUAUCCGGGUGAUUCGUGGAUAUCGCACGAUCUCCGGGGAGGCGGCGAACCUUCUUGCCGGAUUACCGCCGUGGGAUUUGGAGGCGAAGGUGCUCGCGCGCGUCUUCAGUCUGCGCGCCGACGCGUGUCGCCGGGGCGAAACUCCAUUGCCGCGCCAGAUAAGUGCGUGGCGGGACGAGCUCCGGCGCGAUCUCAUGGCGGAAUGGCAGCAACGACUGUCGCAACCGAGGGCUGGGCUCGCUGUCAUCGCAGCGGUAAGUCCCCUCUUUGAGGAGUGGCUAGAGAGGCGCCACGGCGUGCUCACCUACCGCCUAACGCAGGUGCUUACCGGACAUGGGAGUUUCGGUAGGUUCCUGUUCCUUAUUGGGCGGGAGGAAACGCCCGGGUGUCAUCACUGUGAGGACCGCCCGGAGGACACGGUAGAACAUACGGUGGCGGUGUGCCCUGCGUGGGCUGAGCACCGCCAAGUCCUCAGGGAUGUGGUCGGCGACGGCGACCUCUCGCGCCCGGCACUGGUUCAGGCCAUGGUGCGGAGCGAGAGGGACUGGGAUGCCGUCUCCUCCUUCUGCGAAGCAGUCAUGCUAGCUAAGGAGGAGGCGGGGCGCGUGAGAGAACAAACCUCCUCACGCCCCAGCCGUCGCGAAAGACACUCCGGGCGUAGGGGAUCCCGAGACGAUCUCCGGCCACCGUAAGUGCGGGCCUGCGGACGGCGAGCAAGGGUAGCUCACCGCCCGAACAGAACCAGACCCGUGCGUGCGGCGCGUCGCGUUCCGCGCGCGCCUCAAAGAGCCAUCAGACCACCACAGAUGGGGCCCAAUAGGGCUGAUGCCUGAUCCGGAGCUGCGGACUACCUAGCGGGUUUACCGGGGCUCCGGCUCGAAAAGCAGGAGAAGGAACAGGGUGGUUUUUAGUCAGUAAGAGUCUGACACUCCCUCUCGCCUCGCCCAAGGCGAGAAAAGUCAGUCAGUCCUAAGAAGCACUGGAUAAAAAAUAAAAAAAAUACGACUUUUUGUUGACCACCGAUCGGGGCUUUUGACAGAAUAAUGUUUCAUUCAUGCUUUUUGCAUUUAUCACGGUCUGGAAUCAUGUCUUUUGGCCGGUUUAUUCACUCGUUGUGUUUUUACAAAUUAUUUUGAAUAAUGAUAAACUAGUAUUAUAGUGUUGCUGUUUUAUU